AUGGAUUUUGCAGGGAAAAAGCUCAAAAAAUUGCCUCUUUCAAUGAUAAAUGACAGAGAGGGGAUCAGAAAGGUGGACCUGCAGCGAAACAGAUUGCGAGAUGUCAUUGGCAUUUCCCAUCUAUCCAACCUUAAAGAGCUAAACCUCUCCAGGAAUGACCUGGGUGAGUUCCCUCGGGAGAUCAGGGAGCUUCAGCAACUGGAGAAACUCUAUAUGAACCAGAACAACAUUAAAAGUAUACCAGAAAAUGUCUUUCCACAACUGAAGAGGCUGACGUUUCUCAAGCUGAGCACAAACCGACUUACUGACCUUCCAUUGGACAUGAAGCACUGCCAAAGUCUCAGUUACCUGAACAUCUCCAACAACAGCCUGAGAGAUCUCCAAUCUCUGGUGGGUCUACCUAGACUAAAAGAACUUUUUGUGGAGAGGAACCGUCUAGAAGAGCUUCCAGUGUCUCUCUUUCAGGGUAAAGAGUUCUCUGUUUUCAAAGCGAGUGGCAAUCCCCUCAGGAAGCCUCCAGAGGAGGUUUGUGCAGGAGGUCUGAAGGACAUCAAAAGCUAUUUUUCCAUGUUAGAAGAUAGCUCCUCAAGUGUCAGUACGGUCAAAACAAUGUUCCUUGGAUCGUCAAUGGCAGGGAAGUCCACCCUUUGCCGUAGCUUGAAAAAAGGUCAGCCGGAACCUGUGGGUGAAGAUGACCGGACGGUGGGAAUUGAAAUUUUUGACGUUGAAAAAGAGAAUAUACGUUUCCUCUUCUGGGAUUUUGCUGGGCAAGAGGAAUACUACUUCACCCAUCAUGUCUUCAUCACCCCUAAUGCCUUUGUCAUCCUAACUGUGGAUCUUUGCAGCUAUGACAUGGACAAGCCAAAGUCUUUCGAUGAAAACGUGAGCUUCUGGCUCAAGAACAUACAGCUUAAAGUACCAAACUCUGUGGUUCUUCUGGUGGGUACCCAUGCUGAUGAGUGCAAAGAUGCUACAGAAGUGAGUGGCAAGAAAAGAGACAUUGAGAAGAAGGUGAAGGAGAUGCUGUCAGAGUGGAAGGAAAAUUUAUCCCAGCAAAAAAAGACUCUUCAGGAUCUGAAAGACCCUGCAUUGUUCUCUGAACAGAUCGAUGAAAUCGACCGACUUUCUGAAUAUGAUUUCAGGGUUCUUGACCUGAUACCUAUGGACUGCACUAAGUCUGAAGAUAUAAACAGGCUUCUAAACCACAUUCUGCAGACAGUUUCAAACAAGAACACAUUUCCUAACAUAGAAAUGACACUACCAAGAUGCUAUCAAGAAGUUGAGCAAGAUAUUAAAAAACUGAUUAAAGAAGAAGCUAUUCCUCAGCAUGGAAUUGUGGCUCUUGAUGACCUUCUUGCUCAGUUAAAAGACCGACAUGAAGAAUUGAACAAUGAAAAGCUGAGCUGCAUUCUUCGAUAUCUCCACCGGAUUGGUAUCAUAAUGUGGUAUGAAGAAAUCCCAGCCUUGAGAAACAUGGUUUUUGUAGAACCAUCAUUUCUCAUCUCAUUAUUCAAGACCAUUGUCAGGCAUGAUCUGGCUCAGCAGCUGGAAGCCAUUCCAAAAAAUGUCCUCAAACAGGAAAAUGCACUCCACAUUCAUAGGGACACGUGGAUUCGGGAUUUCCAAGAGAAAGCCACUCUGACCAAUAAAGCAAUAAGAAUCCUCGUACGUUCAGAACUGAAGCAACUGGCUCUUGAUGAUGAAGAUCUGGUAGAAGAGGUAGUUGGAACCAAAGAGAGGGCAGGGAAUCUCCUCACACUUUUACAACACUUUGAGGUUUGCCUACCGAGCAAACUCACAAGUCCUCUUAACCCUGAAGCCAAAGAAUUUACACCAGACAGAAAAUGGCAACCUUCAAAUCCUUCAAUAUAUAAUCCAGAUGGUGCCUGCCUUUUCCCAAGCUUCUUGUCAAACAACACCCAGAUUGAAAAGAUGUGGGGAAUGGACAAUCCAGAAGACCUCAGAGUGCAUGUGUACUUUCUCCCAGAGAUUCCCCAUGGCUUCUUUCAUAGGCUAAUUGUCAAGACAUGUUCCUUUUACCCAACUCACUGGGUAGGGCUAAAUGAGUGCUGUUUCUGCUCUGGUGAGAAACGGGUUCUGCUCAGAGAACACCGAAGUGAUACAGACCACUUCAUAGAAAUCCGCUACAAAAAAACCAUACUCUUUAAACCUGAAGAGAUCCAGAAAGCAUGGGACAUGGUUAAGGUUAUAAUGAUGAAGCUGGCAGUACUGACCAAGCAGUGGCGUGGGCUAUGCCAACUUGUCCAUAGCCCAUGCAGGCAUCAGGGCUGCACAGAUUCCUUUGAGUGGGGAGACUGGCAGGAUUGGCUGGAUUCCUCCAGAGCAGACAUCUUUAACCUGGAUGAUAAAAUCACUUGCCGAGAUGGACAUGUGCGGCAGACCGAGCUGCUCUUUCCGAAAGGCCCAAGUGUCUCACACUCGAACUCCAGAGGAUGUCACGGGAAGAAAUCUGCCUACGACAAAUCGAAGUAAAUAUCAUAU